AUGCCGGCCCAUCUCACCCGCCACAUCUUCCGCCGCCUUCUGGCCAACGAGCCCAUCGUCUAUCGCGGAUGCUUACGGCGACAACUCCAUUCGAGGGCUAGAAUACAUCAUGCAUGGCUGGGCACCUCUACGCCGGGCCACGGAGCCCAAUCGGCACCGCAUUCCCAACGGCGAACCUUUUUCAACUUCAGCAUGUUCCGGAAGAAGCAGAAAGAGAGCAAGGAUGCAGAUAUCGCACCAGGCGUGGAGGACAUGAUGCAGUUCGCGAAGCUUGAAAGAAUGAACGCUCGUCUUCCUCACCCCCAGCACGUGUUAGCUGCGCUCCGAAAGUUCUUUGCUUUCAUAAGGGGAUCUACCAAGACAGGAAUCGAGGAUAUACAAGCGGAGCUGGUACUGCAGUGUCUGCGGUAUUGCAUGCGGACUGGACAAGCUCUUAAACCCGACGGGCAUUCGACUUUCGUCUCCAUGGUCCGCUAUGCAGCGCCCGUGCUUCGUCGUCCGCAUCCGCCGUCCACGAGCUUCCACGCCGACCUCGCCAAAGCGAUUUACGUCGAUGCGAAGGAGGUCGAUGUUGACGACAAAACGGUGCUCGACGCGCUGCAGGUAUGCUGUAAAAUCUUGAGUCGAACAGGGCGUUUCAGCGAAGCUCGUGAACUCAUUGACGACGUUGCACAAGCAGAAGUGGGUAAUGCUGCUGCGUCCGAUACUUCGAGUGUACGGGAUGCGUAUCGACGGCUCUGGAGCGAUGUACUUUACGGUUGCGCUGCAGCCAAUGACGGAGAUGGAGUACGGAGCACUCUGAGGUUGCUGCGAGACCGUGGCUGGGCCGGGCAUGACUCUGUGGCCAGAGCCAUGCUAGUGUAUUCCUUGCAUGGAAGUGAUGCAGGUGCAAUAGAGAAGUGGUUCCUCGAGGCCGGUCAGGCAGACGAAGCAGGAACCUCGGGGGCGCCCAGUGCCGAGGCAAGUGGUCCGUUUCGGCUGAGUGAGGUGCUGCAGUGGUGUCUAGCACAUGGCGAGUUAGAGCUGGGCCACAAGAUCGUGCGGCGAAGCUUGGGCAACGAUCCUCCGAAGCAAGUCUGGGAUACUGUAUUCGUUUGGGCAGCCGGGACUGGAAAGGGCGCUGACGAAAUCAACCGGAUGCUGGACGUUAUGGAGGCUUCCAACAAGAGCAAGGCCAAUCGCGAUGAGUGGAGACUGCCAGACAUCCAAACUAUCAACGGGCUGGUGAAUUACGCUGUGUCGAGGAAUGACCCUUACUUGGCCGAGCGCUUCAUCGCCUUAGGAAAGGCCAGAGGCAUCGAGCCCGAUGCUUGGACAUAUGUGCUGCAAAUGCAGUAUCGACUCACGGUCAACGAUGUUGACGGUGCUCUUGUGGCCUACAAGAAUCUCCAAGCAGCAGGCGAUUCUUCAGAGAAGGAUGGACCGACUGUGAACAAGCUGAUCGUUGCGUUGUGCCAAUCGCAGAGGCACGACUUUGACACGAUAAUGAACGUAGCGGCCGAUCUCUCGGACCGACAGGUGCGGUUCGAGGCGGAAACGGUCUCUAGGCUUGCCCUUCUCCACCUCAGCCGCGACGAGCUCCACGAUGUUAUCGACCUUCUUAAUACGCACUCCUUCCAUUUCUCCUCGACAGAACGGGAGAGCAUUCGAAAUAGCCUUGUAGGAUACUGUACGGACCCAGCGACCAGAACGCCUCGAGCCUGGGAUGCGUACUGCAUUCUUCGCAAUAUCUUCGACGAGACUCCUCGGCCGCAAAGGACAAAAUUGAUGGAAGAGUUCUUCCGCCGCGGGCGACCAGACAUGGCUGUCAAUAUUUUCAACGCUAUGCGCGCCCACUCACGAAGCGACACGUACCCCACGACGGACACCUAUGUUUCCGCGUUCCUGAAUGCAGCCAAGAUCAAAGAUCUUGACAGCCUUGAGGUCAUCCACAACCAGCUCAAGCUGGACUACAAUAUCGACCCGACGACCUAUCUGCGGAAUGCCCUCAUCAUUGGCUACAGUGGAUGUGGCCAGCCGCGUCGGGGCCUGUCUCAAUGGGACGACAUCGUCGCCAGCAAGGAAGGCCCGAGCUACAACAGCAUUCACAUAGCGCUGCGUGCGUGUGAGCGGUCUCCAUUCGGUGACAUCAAAGCCAAGGACAUUUGGGCGAAGCUGCGACGAAUGAAGAUCGAUCUCGAUCAGAGUAUGUGGGCCAGCUAUGCGGGAGCUUUGGUGGGCAACGGUGACAUUGCAACGGCCAUCGACACGAUAGAGAAGGCGGAGAAAGACAAUGAGGCUGAGAUCGAUGCGUUCCUAAUUGGCAGCAUGUACAACGGUGCGCCGGGACAGAACAAGCAAAAGGAAGUUGAGGAAUGGGCUAAGGAGGCGUACCCGAAUGUCUGGAGCAAGCUUGAGUCCAUCGGUUUUGAGGAGGAUGACAACGGCAUGAAGGUCUUCAAGUUGCAGAGAGACGUGAGUCCUUAA